AUGGAUUCAAAUAAACAUGGUUUUAAUCUAUUUGGAAAUCAUAAAAUGAAUGAAUCAGUACCUGUUCAUUCUACACCUGGUAUGAAUUCAUUAUCACCAUAUUUGAAUUUUGAUCCAAAAUUAUUAAAUCCAAAUGGUUCGCAAUUUAUUCUACCUGAAGGACAAAAAGAAAAACGGGGUCGACUUGAAUUAAUGUUUUUUACAAUUGGUGGUUCUGUUAUUUCUGGUAGUAUGAUUGGUAGUAUAUCAGGACUUUAUCGAGGUAUUCGUGAAACUCGAGUUUUAACUGGAUCUGUACGAACUUCAUCAAUUAUUAAUUAUAUAGCACGUCAAGGUGCUACAACGGCUUCUGCUAUGGGUUCUAUUGCACUUAUUUAUAGUUUAAUUGGUACAGGUAUUAGUUGGACACGUGGUAUUGAUGAUGAAUUAAAUACAGUAGCAAGUGGUAGUCUAACUGGUCUAUUAUAUCGAUCAACAGCUGGUUUAAAAGGUGCUCUACGAGGAAGUUUAUAUGGUUUUGGAGUAUCAUCAUUAUAUGUAUUGCUUACAUCUAAAGAACGUCUUCAAACAUACAUGUAA